AACAAUAUACAGAUUCUCCGCAACGGUCACCUCGUAUCCCGCGCCAGCAACUACAUCAUCUACAGUGUGGAAGCCGCGGCGAUAGGUCGUGUUGUUGCCCAGUAUGGACCAUGUGUGUGCCGUCUCGAUAUAUGCUAGAUCGUUGUUGAGCCAUGUCCAUGACCAGAAUUCUUACCAUUGCAAACCAUUCUCCAGCGACCCGCCUCGGCGCCAUUGUAGGCGGCCAGACGUCAUGUAAAGACCCCGAGAUCAAGGCAUUCGAAGAACACCUCCCCAGCGACGUCGACGUCGUCUCGUGCCACUCCCUCCACGGGCCCAACGUCGACCCGCGCGGCCAGCCGCUGGUGCUCAUCAAGCACCGGGCCUCGGACGAGUCCUUCGCCAAGGUGGAAGCCGUGCUCGGCUGCCUCGGGUCCAAGCACGUCUACCUCACGGCCGAGGAGCACGACCGCAUCACGGCCGACACGCAGGCCGUCACGCACGCGGCCUUCCUCUCGAUGGGCAAGGCGUGGCACGCGACCAAGCAGUUCCCGUGGGAGGGCACGCGGUACGUGGGCGGCAUCGAGAAUGUCAAGAUCAACCUGAUGCUGCGCAUCUACGCGCAGAAGUGGCACGUCUACGCGGGGCUGGCCAUCCUCAACCCGGAGGCGCACAAGCAGAUCAACCAGUUCGCCAAGUCGACCACGGAGCUGUACACGCUCAUGCUGGAGGGCCGCCGCGACGAGCUCCGCGCGCGCGUCUACGCCGCCAAGGAGAAGGUCUUUGGCCACGGCGACAGCCCCAAGUGGGCCGACCGGCCCCUGCUGCCGGACGGCGUCGUCGACCGCUUCAGCCUCAACCCCAACUCCAAGGGCAGCGCGCCGCCCUUGCCCAACAACCACCUCUCGCUCCUCGCCAUGGUCGACUGCUGGAGCGCGCUGGGCAUCGUGCCCUACGACCACAUGAUCUGCUCGACGCCGCUGUUCCGCCUCUGGCUGGGCGUGACCGAGCACCUGUUCCGCACCCCGGGCCUGCUGGACGAGUCGCUGCGCGUGGGCAUCGAGGACAACACCUUCCGCCGCGACGACCUGCAGUUCACCAUCGCCGCGUGCGGCUGGGCCGAGUGUGUCGCGCUGCGCUCCUUCGAGACGUGGCGGGAGCGCUUUGCCGUGACGCAGAAGUUCUUCGAGCCCCGCUUCCAGGGCGCCGUGGAGAUUGGGCAGGCCAUGAUCAGGGCUGUGCUGGAGAGCGAGAAGGAGGAGUGAAUUGGGCCCGAUUUGGGGGUGAGAGCUCGUGGGAUGGAGUGGGCUUAUGGAGGGUUUGGAUGGAAGGGUUGGUUGUGGUUACAGUACUUACUAGUACUCACUCUAUCAAGGUGUGUUGACUGUACAAGACAGGGGGAUAAACAAUGCGAUGGUAUCAACCAGGGUGGGAGGCGUGGCUAUUUUCGUGUGUUCAAGGGAUGGAUGGUUCUAUGAAUUGAUGCGGCCCAUAUUCUCUACUACCUUG